GUCAAGGUCAUAUUGUGCUUAACAUAACCACAGUCAUGACAGGUCUUGCAACCAUUGUCACGGUCAUACAUGUAUCAGGCUAAUUUUCUUAGUUCUGUCCCGAAGUGAGACAGAAGGAGGUGUGAUACUUAUUGCAUCUGAUGUUUUCUAUUUGAAAGUCUUAUUUGAGCUUGCACAAGUAUAAAAUAUUGUUAGUUCCCUAAAGACCAGAAACAAAUGAAAAUCACAAGAUGACAGGUCCCUUGAGAAAGGAUGACAGGUCCAUCGAGAAAUCUGAAACGGCACUGGGCAGUAAAAAAUCUCUUUAGACUACUCUAGGUGUAUCGUGCUGAAAGAACGAUUAGCAUUUGAAUAUAAUUAAAGAUGAUACGUACCAGACUUAUACUGUACACAAGAACUGAAAUUAAACGCUUUAGGAAUAAAGCAAACUGGAUAAUCUUUACUUUCGAUAUCUUAAAAAUGGCGGGUACAUGCUUCUGUCAAAAGAGGGCGUAAAUUUACAGCUUCCGGUUGAGUUGAAUUCUGGGUAGAUCGCUAUGGCAAUUGUACACACAAACGUGGAAAUACAAAUAUUUUUCACAGACACUUUUAUUGAUAUAAUAUCGUUAUCAGCUUAAUAGGACUAUAAGAAGCAAGUGGAUAUUGUGAAUAAAUAUUAAAAGAACAAACUUGAUUGCACAGAUUUAGACACAAUGUUGACUGACAAAUGUUAUUGAGCGUUGAAGUUGAAAAAAAGUUAUACAAUUUCGCGGAUUUUUAGAUCAGGAAAAAAACAAGUUCGAUCUAGGAUUUUACACAUUUUGGUGUUGAGAUCAAAGUAAAGCAUUAUGUCUAAUAAAACAGACAUGGAGAGGGUUGGCCUCUUCCAGGAAAUGAACUACCACACCAUUGGAGAUAGAUACGUUCCUCCUGGUAGCAUCAGUUUUAACCAAUCUGCUGGCAAAGGCAAACAAGUCCUGCCUGGAGGCACUAAAGACAGAUCAGCAUUACAACAUGGAUACUUUGGAGAAAAAUAUAACAGAGUGUUUGAAGGAGAAAGUUAUACAGACCCAAUAAAAAGGAGAAGACAAAACAGAUUAAAAGAGUCUCAGAAAAAUAUUGGAAAACCUUUCUUACCUAGUAAUGGAGAUAAAAAACCAUCUGGUUUAGGAAAUCACUAUGGCACAUUAACUGGACCCAUUGGAGCAUUUAGUCCAGUCUCCAAAGGUGGAAAAGGCAAUACAGGGAAUGGAAAAAAUGUUCUAACAAACCCAGGAAAGAAAGGAACUGGAUUUGGAUAUGUAGGUGUAACUUUAGGAAAAUACCAGAAUCACAUGCCUGAUGAGUAUGACAGAGCGAAACAAAUAACCAAAAAAAUAAAUGGAGAUCAUAGAAAAGCAUUAAAAGGUGGUGCAUUCAAACUGAACAUGCACGCACAAUCAUAUUUUGACGCCAACCCCUACAGAUCAGAUAGACCUUUACCCCCAGUGAAAUCAUCAGGAGGGAAACGAAGAGAAGUAAAACCAUUCAAACAGAGCUCACCACCUAAAUCUAUGGCAGGAAUGAAGGCUGGAACAUUUGACCCCUACCCCUCUCAUUCAGCAGAUCCUUACAAUGUAAAGAUAACUCGACCUGUGCAUGUAGUCAACAAAACUGGAAAAAUAUUCAUGCCAUCUCCAGGUCCCAAAAGCUUCCCUAUGUCGUCUGUGGUCAACACCAAUGUUGAUAGGUCUAUGAACAAGCAGAAUUACAAGGCCGUUACUGGAGUGAUGUCAUACUAAUUAUGAUGUCAUACUAAUAAUGCUAUUUAUGGAAAAGAUGUCAUACUAAUGAACUUUGUCUGAAGUCAUUGUGUAUUUCUUAAUACAUAUGCAAUCUGGCUUAAGCUUUACUAGGAAGGUGCCAAUUAUAGUUUUUGUGAUCAUUUAGAACUCUGCUUCUGUGACUGAUUUCUCAUGCCAAAUAUCUUUUAAGACUGAAAUUACAUGUAGCUAAGAAGGAAUUUUGCUUGACUGUAAAAUCUUGAAUAUGCAACUGAAUUGUAGUGUGUUUACUUCUUUUCUACUAUAAGUAUAUGUACUAUGAAGUAUUGACUUGUUUUACAAUUGUACACAAUUUUGAACUCAAUUACUAUUUAUACUACUUACAAAUACAAGUUCAAGACUCUUUUCUACAUUCCUUUACUGAUUUGACAAUGAAUUAAAUCAAAUGUGUAGAUCAUGACAUAUUAUUCCAAUACUAAUUUCUUGCCAUACAGUGUAUGCUGUUCCCUUAUGUAGAGACUUUUAAUUGUAAACAUAGCUUUGUAGACAUACAAAACGUACCUUAUCUAUACCUAGUGAUUACUAUCUAGUAUUAAUUUAUCCAGGGUUUCUUCAGCCUCUCCUUACUGAUACAUUAACACAAUUUACCUGUAAUAUCUGUAUGUCACCAUAUCACAUGUCACCAUAGUAACAAAGCACUUCUCUUCUACAGGUCUAUUAAUAGUUCUAACUACAAGAAUAUUGCACUAGCUCGGGCAUCAACCAUGGCAUACUAGACUAUGACGUAUGAUAUUGAUGAUGUCAUAUCAUGAUAACUCAACUACUGAGUAGGCAGUAAGAUUAUACUAGAGGGUCAUGUCAUGGUUUCCAUAGUUGUAAUUACUGAAUUAGGAAUCUUUUUACUUUACGAAUGACUCUGGUAAAGUGAAUGUACCGAAGUUAAAGACUUGAACGAUGUAAAAAGACAAUGCUCAAGGGAGUAAUUUUAAUUUACAAAACAUUCUAGUAUUAUGGGCGUCAAAUUCACAUACGUUAUACAUGUACAUUUAUGAAUACAAUAUAGUUUGGUAUAAUAGAUUUAAAUGGUGUAUAUAACAAUCUUGACAUUUUUGACAUAUUGUAUGACAUAUAUUUUUGUGCAAAGAUGAUACCAGGCAAGAUAUUUCUAUGUGAUUAUACCUAUGAGAUUGUAACCAUUAUUGUGAUUUUAAAAUGAUUGUGAUUACAUUUAUACAAUUAUGUGAUUGUGGUACACACCUCGAGUUUUCAAGUUUGUAUACUUGCUAAGAUGUGAUGUUAAAUAGAUUACAUAAAACUUAAACCAUAAACGUGGUCAAAAAGCAUAACAAUACAUGCAUAUAAAUAAUUUGUACAUAUUACCUCUCUGUGGUAUAUGGAUGGAUAACCAAAUACUCACUUCAACUGCCAGUCAUGAACACCAGUCAUUAGAAUUUCAUUGUAGAUAAUCAUCAGACUCAUUUUCAUCCUUACCAUCACCAGAAACGUAAAUACUAUAUUUUGUAUAAAGAUAAAUCUGUAAUUUAUAUGUGUUAAGUUGGAGAUAGAACCAUAUUGUGAUCUGAGUACAAAGAACUCCUUUUUUUCAGUAACACUAUCAAAUGAAAGAAAAUGUUUCAUUUUCUCGAUAACAAUUUAUGUAAAAAUACAGUAUACUUUAAAUAUACAUAAGAAUUAUCAUUGACAUGAUUGAUAAUGAUAUAUGAUGUUUUAUAAUAAAAAUGUAU